CAAAACACCGCUACGAACGGCCGACGCGGUCACGUGACCGCGCACAGCCUCCUUAGACACUGCGAAGGCGAAGACAGAAGGCGAAAGUGCUCACGUGCACGCGGUCCAAGAUGCACGCGACUUUGGCUCUUCUAAGCUCGGCGCUUUUCGUGGUUCACGUGUCGGCCGGAAACUACCCCAAUUGGGACGGAAAUGACAAGCAACCCCAUUUACCGGUGCCGCGCAACCACAGCUCAAUGCAUAGGCACGUCGGGGCGCAUAGGCAUGGAAGUCGGGGGCUUAAUAGGACUGGGGAGGGUGUUGGACAUGAUUUAAGGGAGAAAAAGGGUGUUAGAAAUAGUGAAUCUGAGAAGUUGAUGGUGGUUGAUGCGAAUACCGGAUAAAAUACAAUCCUUAUAGUAAACAUCAUCCAGGGAGGCAUGUUUGCACAAGAAAUGUAGAUAAACCAAUGAAGACCAAGCAGGCCUACUGUAAGCCUACUUUUAAGAACUACGUUAUAAGGUGUCAAGGAAACCAAAUUUGUAAAGGAGUAAGACUUGUAUACGAGACUCAUUACAAAGAUGUGGUGUCCACUAAAACUUCCAAUGAAGUAAUUUAUGCCUGUUGUCCAGGUUGGACACAAGCCACUAAUAGAAGUAAUGGCUGCAAUAGAGCACAUUGUAGCAAACCCUGCUUAAACGGAGGAAGAUGUGUGAAGCCCGAAAUGUGUGCUUGUCUUAAAGGAUAUGCGGGACUACAGUGCGAAAUACCGGUUAAUACCCCUGACUGCCGAAAACAUUGUUUAAAUGGAGGAAAAUGUUUAAAGCGGGAGACUAAAGACACGUGCAGUUGUCCAAAGGGUUUUGAAGGACAACAAUGUGAAUUCGACAUCACUAAACCUUACUGUUCGAAAGGCUGUGAAAAUGGUGGAAGCUGUACAAAACACGAAUUAUGCACGUGUCCGAAAGGAUUCGCAGGUAGACGCUGCGAAAUAGACAUCGAUGAAUGCAAAGAACAGAAACCCUGUGAUCAAAUAUGCUACAACACUCUAGGAAGUUUUACUUGCCAGUGCAAAGAAGACUUUGUGCUCCAAAAGGACGGACAAACUUGUAGGAAAGAAGAUGAUAAUGAUGGAGGCAUCGAAGCAAAAGACUUAGAAUUCGAAAUGUUGGAUAAGCGAUUAUUGAAGCUAGAAACGAUGAUGGGCGAAAGCCACAAAAAUGAUGUCUCUAAAAAUGAUCUCCAGAAUGUGUACAAAGACAUGGAUUCGAUUUCUCAAGAUAUCAACACCCUUAAAAAUAAAAUAAAUGAUGUGGAAAACUACAGGAACGACAUGUAUGUCUUCAAGACAAAAUUAAACUCCAUCGAGAAAAAAGCCGAAAAAGUCGACGAACUAGUACUUAAAUAUGAUAGAAUAAAGAAAUGUGCCUUUUAUAACAAGAUUUGUAUUUGAGAAGUUGUGACUGAUAAUUUUAAGUUAAAAAAUAUAUGUGUAUAUGUAAAUUUUUAGCUAGGUAUAAGGAAGUAUCUCAAAUUUAUUGAAUCAGUUGGGAAGUUACUUAAUAUGCUUUUAUCGUGGUAUAUAGGUUUGUUCGCGGAGACAAUCUAUGACUGGUUUCUGACUGAUUCACAUGCGCAGUUGUGUUUUAAGCGUUUGUAGUAUUCUAAAUAUGUGAAUGUGACAGAAAGUUUAAUGUUCGCGUAGUUUUUCUCGGAGUAUUUAUUAUUUCUAGGUCCAUUUUCAAUUUCUCUCCUAAUGUCUACGUUCCUCAUCCUAUGAAGUCUAUUGUACCAGCAACAUCGUUUCCAAUAGUCCAUUUCCAUGGCCUUUAAUUUUUAUUUGUUUCUUUGAUUGAUUUUCGAAAGCUUUUUUUGGUGGUAAAUCUUCUAAAGACCGUAUCAGGCCGUGUCCCGUUAAGGAUGACCUGGCGUGUGUUGGAUUCAGGGUGGAAGGAUCCAUACGCACGCAGUCCCCCCAGAGGAGUCGUGCUCACAGAUACACCCAUAGCUCCCUGCCUGCCAACUAAAGUCCACCCCCUUUAUACAGGCUACUCGUGCGGUAGGUCCUCUCCAGACUGGUGCAUCACAUGAAUAGCCCGUCCCCUCCCUCUCUCUCUCUCUCUCUCUCUCUCUCUCUUUCGCCCUCUCUCUCUCACUCUCUUACCUAACUUUGCUGUAGAUUCCUCUCU